CGGCAGCAUUGCUUCCCUGGCUCUGUAAACCCUACUCUGCUGAUCGCAGUCCCGCGCUUUCUGCGUUUGCUGGCGACUUGCGGGGCUCGGGCUCCGCGGAGGAUGGGUCCUCCUCUGGAUGUGUGGGACUUCUCCUCGCCUCUGCUGUCGCUAUGGAUGAACAGGUUCUACAUAUACAUGGGCUGUGCCCUGGGAGUUACCCUUUGGAUCUGUGUCCAGAUCAUCGUCAGGAAGCAGGUCACUCGUUCCCAGGAGAAAAGUGUCCCAGGAGCUCCUGAUAGCUCCCUGUCCCUUCAGAAGAAGCAGACACACGUGUCUGGAGUGAAGAUUUUCUAUGGAUCCCAGACAGGCACCGCCAAGGGAUUUGCAGCGCUUCUUGCCAAAGCUGUCACCUCUCUGAACCUGCCUGUGGCCAUUAUUAAUUUGAAGGAAUAUGAUCCAGAUGACAAUCUGAUAGGAGAGAUCACUGGUAAAAACAUCUGCGCCUUCCUGGUUGCUACAUACACAGACGGCCGCCCUACAGAGAGUGCAGAGUGGUUCUGCAAGUGGUUAGAGGAUGCAGCUAAUGACUUCCGCUUUGGCAAAACUUACCUGAAGGGACUGCGAUAUGCGGUGUUUGGCCUGGGAGACUCUGCGUACCAGAGCCACUUCAACAAGGUCAGCACGAACGUUGACAAAUGGCUCUGGAUGCUCGGUGCCCAGCGGGUGCUGACCCGAGGGGAGGGUGACUGCAAUGCAGUUCAGAGCAAACAUGGCAGCAUCGAGGCUGACUUCACAGCCUGGAAGACCAAGUUUAUCUCCCGGCUGCAGGCCCUGCAGAGAGGGGAGAAGAAGGCCUGUGGUGGGAACUGCAAGAGAGGGAAGUGUGAGUCGGCCCAGCACGGCCCAGGAGAGGCGCAGCCUCACCCGCAAGGCGAAUUGCAUCCCGGGAAUGCUGAGGAGGAAGAGCCCUGUGAGAGCAGCAGCGAGGAUGAGCUGGGGACCCAGGAUUAUCAGGGCCUGAAUUCUGUGGUUGAUGUCGAGGACCUGGGCAACAUUGUGAACUCCAUGAAGAGGGAGAAGGCUCCUGGGAGGACAGGUCUUAAUGUGGAGGCUGAGGAGAGGACACUGGUUCAGAGAGGGCAUUCGGGGCUGUGGAGGAGUCUUUAUCAGAAAGAUUUCAAAUGGAAGCCCAGCAAUGGGUACCAGUUGAUUGGCAGCCACUCUGGUGUGAAGCUUUGCAGGUGGACAAAGUCGAUGCUGCGGGGGAGAGGAGGCUGCUACAAACACACUUUCUACGGCAUCGAGAGCCAUCGCUGCAUGGAAGCCACCCCGAGCUUGGCGUGUGCGAAUAAAUGUGUCUUCUGCUGGCGGCACCAUACGAAUCCUGUGGGCACUGAGUGGCGGUGGAAGAUGGACCAGCCGGAACUGAUCUUGAAGGAAGCCAUUGAGAACCAUCAGAACAUGAUUAAACAGUUCAAAGGCGUGCCCGGCCUCAAGGCGGAGCGAUUUGAAGAGGGGAUGGAGGUCAAGCACUGUGCCCUGUCGCUCGUGGGUGAGCCGAUAAUGUACCCAGAGAUCAACGGGCUCUUGAAGCUGCUGCACCAGUGCGGGAUCUCCAGCUUCCUGGUCACCAAUGCUCAGUUCCCUGAGGCAAUCAGGAACCUCACACCGGUUACUCAGCUCUACGUGAGCGUGGACGCUAGCACCAAAGACAGCCUGAAGAAGAUCGACCGCCCGCUCUUCAAGGAUUUCUGGCAGCGGUUCCUAGACAGUUUGAAAGCCUUAUCUGCAAAGCAACAGCGAACGGUGUACAGACUGACCCUUGUCAAGUGUUGGAACGUGGAUGAGCUCCAGGCCUACGCUGAGCUGGUGUCCUUGGGGAACCCUGACUUCAUCGAGGUCAAGGGCGUGACCUACUGCGGUGAGAGUGCAGCCAGCAGCCUCACCAUGGCCAACGUCCCUUGGCAUGAGGAAGUGGUCCGGUUUGUCUGUGAGCUGGUGGAUCUGCUUCCCGACUAUGAAGUUGCGUGUGAACAUGAACACUCCAACUGCCUCCUGAUUGCACACAAGAAGUUUAAGAUCGGUGGAGAGUGGUGGACAUGGAUCGAUUACAGCCGCUUCCAAGAGCUCGUCCUGCAGUAUGAAGAGAGUGGAGGCUCCAAGACGUUCAGCUCGAGGGAUUACAUGGCCAGAACCCCACAGUGGGCGCUGUUUGGGGCCAGGGAAAGAGGCUUUGAUCCCAAGGACACAAGAUACCAGAGGAAGAACAAAACGAAGGACAUUUCCGGAUGUUGAGCUUAUCUGAGUCAAGGAUCUCCAAAGACAAAAGCUGCCUGGCCCCAGCAGGUCCUCAGUUGCCAUCACUGUACGGGACAGAGUUUCACGGCUGCAUUCCACGGUCUGACACCAGCAGGCAGCCGUGCUGCCCACACAGCACCCACACAUGGGGCUGGGGACUUGGCUCGAUGCUUCUUACCAGAACUCAGGCCGUUUAAUAAGUCGAUUUCUGAGACAGUGAAGGCGGUGGUCACCUCUGGAUUUUUAAUAGUUUUGGAUUUUAUUUUAGUAAUUUUCCUAAGUGCUAUCCCUGAGUGUUGCACAGGGAAUAAACAUCUCUGCCUCUUCCUCCAGA